AUGGCCGAGGGCUGGCAAGAAAGGUUACAAGAAUUUUGCAAUUUCGAAUCGGUUUUCGAGAAAACCCUUUCUGAAUCGGCAACCCGUACUAAGUUUGCUACUCACUGUGAACAAGGGAAACAAAUUGCUGAACACUUUCGAAGUGUGAUGGAAAAGGUGUAUGAAACUACAGUUGAAGAAAAAGACGCUGCUGUUCGGCUUCGCUGCCUAUCUCAGUCUCGUUUGGAGGAAGUUCGCUCUCGACUGGUGAAAACCAAUCAGGCUCUCGACGAUAUGAUACAUACGUGUUUGGCUCGAGUAGAGGCCCAGGUGGCCAGUGCUCUGAAUGCUGAGAUUCGUCGUCUCGGUGAGCUGGUUGAUAGUUACUCACGGCCAUUCCAUCCGGAUCCGGCAAUGUUGCAUCUGUACAAACGAGAGUUGAACACACACGUGGAACGGGAGCUAGGGCGGAAGUUAACCGAGGCUUGUUCCAGUGACAUUUUGAAUGAAGUUUCUCGAGCUGAACAAAUGAUGACAAAUGGUCUGGCCAAAAUUGUUAGUGAUGAAACAUACAAAAGUCGCAUCUUCCAAUUGAUUGAUCCCAAUGCAUUCACUCCAGAAUUUCACGUAGACUGUCGCAAUUUAUGUGCCGAUUUUCGUGAAGACAUUCAAUUCCGGUUUAGUUUGGGUUUAAGUGCGAUCCUGCAGCGAUUGACCGCUCCUCGUCGAGGUGCCAAUCAAGUCUCCAAAGCGGUUGGAUGGCGUGUGCUGGGUCUAGCAGCCGGACUGUACGGCGGAUUGUAUCUUUACGAGCGAAUAGCGUGGACUAACAAGGCUAAGGAGGCAACUUUCAAGCGUCAAUACGUAGAUUUUGCUUCGCACAAGCUGCGGUUGAUCGUUGAUUUAACCAGCACCAACGCGCGUCACCAAGUAAAGCGUGAGCUACAAGUUGCGCAGAAAAAGCUCGCCGGUCAAGUGGAGACGUUCGCGGAGUCCUUAGUUGAUGAAGUGAAACAAUUGGAUGAGGAUAUUGUUCACUUGGAAACCAUAACUACAGAUGCGAAAAAACUGAAGAAUCGCGCGAGUCAACUCCUGUCAAGUCUGAAUCGGUUCUACGAUCUGUUUAUUGCCAAUUUGUGGCACGAACCGGGUUAG